AUGAGCACAAUGAAGGAUUCCCAAGGGCUGUAUCCUGAGAGACCGGUCAGAGAAGAACUGGAAAGACAAGGUGACACGGAGACCGCUUUUGGCGACAAGUCUCCUGGUGUUAAGCGCAUUGAAGCAAUCACAUCCUGCUUCACUGCUUGGCAUCGUUGGGUAUUGCUGAUAUCAGUCUUUCUCGUUGCAUACAGCUACGGUCUGGAUGGAACAGUUCGAUAUACGUAUCAGGCUAUCGCUCUAUCUGAGCUAGGUACAUCGUCGCAGAUAUCGACUGUCACCGUCGUCAGGUCGAUCGUGGCUGCUGCAGCUCAGCCCGCUUAUGCCAAGAUCUCAGAUUACUUUGGACGAACAAGCAUCCUGUUCAUCAGUGUCCUACUGUACGCCCUAGGUACCGUGGUACAGGCUACCGCCGACAACCUUUCUGCUUUUUCGGGCGGAGCUAUGCUGUAUCAGUUUGGCUACACCGGUGUUCAGCUCCUCGUCGAGGUUCUGAUCGCCGAUGUCACUUCUCUUCGAUCUCGGCUGUUUUUCAGUUACAUCCCUGCUAUGCCCUUUCUCAUCAACGCGUGGGUGUCUGGUGACAUCGCUUCCGCCGUUAUUGAGACAACCACCUGGGGAUGGGGAAUCGGUAUGUGGGCAAUCAUCUUUCCUAUUAUGGCAAUACCACUCUUUUACUCUCUCAUUGAUGCGGAGAUACGAGCCAAAAGACUUGGACUACUGCAAGAAAUCCCCUCACCUGUGCGAACACUUGCCCAGCCAUCUUUAUGGACAGAGAUAUUUUGGCAAGUAGAUAUUGUUGGUUUAGUCCUGCUUGCAGCAACAUUUGCCCUUAUUCUCCUCCCAUUUACCCUUGCUGGCGGAACCGGAAACAUCUGGAAGGCAGCUCAUAUCAUCGCUCCUCUCGUUAUUGGAUUUGUGGUUGCUCUCCCUGCGUUUGUGAUAUGGGAGACCAAGAUCGCGAAGCAUCCUGCCAUACCUUUUCGUCUUUUCAAACAUCGGACGAUCCUUGCUCCUAUCGUCAUUGCGAUGCUGCUCAAUACUGCCUGGUAUACGCAAGGCGAUUACCUCUACUACACACUAACGCUCGCCUUUGACCGAGACGUCACAUCUGCUACUCGAGUACAGAAUAUUUACUCAUUCUGUUCCGUCGUAGUGGGCAUAGCACUCGGGCUGGUUAUACGCUACGUUCGAAGAUUGAAAUGGUUCAUCGUAUCUGGCACUCUCCUUUUUGUGCUUGCCUUUGGACUUCUCAUUAGGUUCAGAGGCGGAUAUUCCGUUUCUGACUUCGCAGGCCUGGUUGCUGCAGAAGUGGUCUUAGGUAUCGCAGGUGGUCUCUUUCCCUACCCGACCCAGGUCAUGAUCCAGUCGGCCGUCCAACACGAGCGCACUGCUAUAGUCACUUCGUUGUAUCUUGCUUCCUACUCGAUUGGUAGUGCAUUGGGUAACACAAUCGCUGCCGCGAUCUGGAACAACUCAUUACCAAAGCAUCUCUACACUGCUAUGGGUAGAUACAAUGUUACCGAUGCGGCUACGCUCGCCGCUGCUGUUUUCGCCGAUCCAGUGGGUUUUAUUGCAGAGUAUUCUCCCGGUACCUCAGAGCGAGAAGCGGCUAGUGAUGCGUACCGAGAGGUUCAAAGGUAUCUGACGAUUACUGGAAUAUCAAUAUCAUCUCUUCUUGUCAUCGCGUCUUUGUGCCUCGACAAUCCGCGACUUGGCGAUCAACAAAGUCUCCCUAAUGCAGAGGGCUUUACCACGCCAGUUUCCUCCAAGGAGCGAGGGAAUGACCAUUCGGAAGCCCAAGCUACAGUCGAUGGUAAACAGAUUCGCGCCGAAUGA